AAUAUCAGCUGUAACUAUACUUUUAGCUAAAUGGUCUGCGCUUUCAUUUCCUUGAACACUAAUAUGUGACGGAGUCCAUAAAAAUUUUACUACCAAAUUAUUUUCUUUCAAUUUCCACCACAAACUUUUGAUUUCAUAUAUAAUGAAAGACGUUUUAGCAUCUAAAGUUCUUGCCUUCAGUGCCUUCAAGACACUCAUGCAUGAGAUCAGUGACCAUUUAUUAGACACAUGUGGGUGUUCUUCUAUAUAUUUAAGAGCGAUUAAGACAGCAUAACAUUCUGCAGUGUAUAUGCUUGCUGAUGCAGGAAUGGAAAGGCCACGUCCAGUUUUCAGAUGAGGAAUGCCCACAGACCUCAACUCUGCGGCGAGUACAUGAAGAUUAACGUUAUUAAAUGCACCAACAAUAUCAAAGAAUAUACUAAUUAAUAUUUCAUUAUUUUCCAUAGCUUUAAAGAUGUCUAAAUGAAGAAAUGCAAUACUUUCUCUAGAUGACUUACGGCGUCUGAAUCCAAACUGAUUUGAUGGAAAAUGAUAGCUGCCUAGAGAAUCAUCAUCACAUACUUGCCACUCACAAGACAGAGCCAGUGAAGAUGAAACAAGUGUCAAGUCUAAUGCAUUCUGCCUCCAUCUAUGAGAUCCUACUGUAGUCACCAUCACCACCAACCAACCAUCAUUCAAGAUUACAAGAUUGUUGUCAUCUAUACUUGCAAGAACUACCCUACCUCGUGAAUCCAAUUCAGUACAUUCCCAUAACGUGUGAAUGGCGUUGAAAUCUCCAGUUAUAAAGACUGGCUGUGGCAAACUUUGGAUUAAAUUAUCUAAUUUGGAUUUAUUAUAAUUAAUUGGUGAAUUAGGGAGACAGUAAACACUAACUAAAGUUAAUAAUUUAUCAUUAUAUUGUGUGUGUGUAGUCAUCAGAGAAUGUAUUGAUAACACGAAAUCCAAUUUUGUUAUGUAGAAGUAUUGCUACUCCAUUAUGAUCAUUACCCGAAUCUAAUCGUAUAAUAUUAUAACCUUUUACUCUAAAAUUGUGCCUAGGUUUAAGCCACGGGUGGUAAUCUCUAUAUAAAUAUUCCUAGCCUUAUGUCUAUGGCCCUCAAGAAUUGAUUUUGACAGCAUUGACUUAGGUUGACGUUUCUGCCUGCCCACGUGACGCGGCAGGCGCCGACCGACGCCAUUGUUGUUUGCCAUUACAGUUUCGUUUGUUGUUGUGUGUAGUGUUGUUGCGUUGAUUGAAUUCCGCCAACCCCCUCAAUUUGAAACUGUAAUAAUACCUAAUAUUUUCAUAAUGUUUAAUACGUGCUGUAUUGAAAGUUGUGGUAGUAGACGCAAGGACGUUAAAUUACAUAAGUUUCCAAUAUCAGAGAUAGGACUCCAUAAGUGGUUAAAAUGUAUAAAUAGUGACAAUUUAAAUAGUUUAAGUGUUCAAGAACUUUAUAAGUUGUAUGUGUGCCAUAAACACUUUGAGUUGCGAUUCAUUAACUCUGAAACAUCUCGUCUUCAGCGUAAUGCAUAUCCCACGUUGUUUACGGAAGAUGAAAUGACGACUGGGGUUUCGUUAAGAGUAUACGAAGACAGCAAAUAUGUUGAUCCUUCCAUUGACCACUCUUAUUAUAUCAAAAAUAAUAAACAUGUGGAUCACACAUAUUCUCGAUCAAUGGACAGCAACUCUCAGAUUCACCUGAACAUAUUAGAAGGUGUUCAGAUGCCCAUGAUUCAAUCUACUUCUGAAACUGUUGAAAUGAUGGAGGUUGGCACUCAACAAAUUUUGAGAGAAGAUUCCAUAGUCAAACCAUUGUUAUCUACCCCAAAGAAGAAGCAUAGAAGCCGGUUACUGCCGAAAAUAUCAUCUCUUACUCCAAAUUGUAGAAGGAUGUACAAAGAAUACAGGAAGUCAAGACGACAGCUAGACUUCAGGAAAAGAACCCAGAGGGCUCUUAAAUUUUCUAAAGACCAGUCUUUUUUAAAUAUGACUAAAAAUAUGAAUCCAUUGGCUCAAAAAUUAUUUUGGAUGCAAAUUAAACAGGCAAACAAAAAUAUAAAAGGGAGACGAUUUUCAGAUGAAGAGAAAUUAAUUGCUCUAUCCAUUUUAAAGCAAAGUCCGAAAUGUUACAGGUUUUUGCAAAAAAUGUUUAUAUUGCCAUCCAAAACCACUUUAAACAAAGUGGUAGCUAGCCUAGAUGUUACUUCUGGAAUUAAUCUUAAGAUAUUUGAGGCUCUCAAGCUAGAGGUUGAAACUUGGCCUGAGCUUAGGAAAUUUUGCUCGAUUCUUUUUGAUGAGGUUGCAUUAGAGGCAGGUCUCACAUAUGACAAGAAUAGAGACAAAAUACAUGGAUUUGUUGAACUAAAGGAUAGGACCAAUGAAUUUGCAGAUCAUGCAUUGGUUUUCUUAUUGCGUGGAGCAGUUCACAACAGCCAAUUGCGUACUAUUUCUGCAAAGGUGCCACUUCUGCUAUGCAGAUGAAAGAAAUAAUACAACAAAUUGUCGAAGCUGUGGGAAGCACAGGUCUUCUUCCUGUAGCUCUAUGCUGUGACCAGGGAACGGCAUUCCAAGCAGUCUUGAAAAGCUUUCAAGAAGAGACAAGAAGACACCAAAUACUAUCAGGAGAUAGAACAGAUGAAGCAAUUGAGAUUAGUGGCCAUAAGUUAAAUAUAAUUUUUGACCCUCCUCAUCUCAUAAAGGGCAUAAGGAAUAAUUUUUUGACAAAAAAUAUUAAAUUUGGCGAAGAAAUUUCAAAAUGGUCUGACAUAGUUGAUGUCUACAAAAUGGACUGCAAUACCAUUGGAGACACAAAACUGCUGCCUAAACUAAAUGAUGAGCAUGUUAUGUUGGGGAAGAUAAAAAAAAUGAAGGUUAAAAACUGUGUAAGAGUUUUAAGCCACAAAGUAGCACAAGCUUUGAAUUUUGCUGCAAAUUUUUCUCAUGAUGUUCAUGGAAAUAAGGUGAGCCAAACAUUGAAGAACACUGCAUCCACCAUUCUACUUUUUGAUAAGUUAUUUGAUUCAGUAAAUGGGGCAAGCACAAGCCACAAAUACCACAAAGGUAAAAAUUUAAGAAAAGCUGUUACAGCGACAUCAGAACAUCACACAUUUUGGCAAGAUGCUAUAAAAAAAUUAAAUGAAAUGAAAUUUGUAGACCUUCGUGGCAGAGAAUCAUCAGUUCCUUCGAUAAAAAAUUGGAUUGUAACUAUAAAGAGUUUGCAAAGGCUGUGGCAAUUCUUUAAUCAAAAAAAUGUGAAGAUUAUGCGCCCACGUUAUUUCAACACAGAUCCAAUCGAAAAUUUCUUUGGCCAAGUGCGCGCAUAUAACUUUAGGAAUAAUGAUCCAGAUUGCUACACCUUUGCAAACACUUUUAAAACACUGUUAAUAACUGGAUUUAUAAAGUUCCACAAUCCUACAUUUAACUGCGAGGAUGAUGAAGCAGCUCCUUUGCUAAAAUUAAAAAAUUUAUUCGAAAAAAUAUCAGGGGGUGCGUCAAAAAGAUUUUAGACACUAGUAAUAUUAAUUUUAAUUGUUGUAGGCCAGAAAAUAUUCAAACAGCUGCUCGUCAAGAAAGACUGAAUGUCUAUUCUCAGGCAUAUACAGCAGGAUGGGUCAUUAGAAAAGUUUUAAAGGAAACAAAUAACUGCAGCCUCUGCAAGGCAAAUUUUACAGUGCAAAAUGAAGAAGAAAUUCAUUCAUGGAUUUCAAUAAGGGAAUAUGAGGCAAUAAAGUUAAAAAAAAUGACUUAUCCUGCUGAACAUGCAGUGACAAUGUUCGGCUUAAGUUUUAAGGAGUCAAGUGAAUAUUUGGAGCUAUAUCCGCAAGAAAAUAAUAUUAGUAAAAAUAUUAAAGAAAAAAUUGUAUCCAAAUAUUCAUUUGACUUCUUAUCUUGCCAAGAGCACCCUUCUGUGGAAUAUUUUCUGGGCUUAACAAUCAGACUCGCAGUUUACAACUGGUGUUAUACAGUAAAUAAAAUUUUAAAAGGAACUGAUGUCUUGCGUCUAGAAGGAAAGAAUUUGCCGCCAAUGACAAAAAAAGCACUUGUUAAAUUUAAACU